AUGCGGUACUCUAUAGUCGCUUCGGCGCUGCUAGGCGCUGGAGCUGCCCUCGCACCCGUUGACACAGGUCUCACCUGUCAAUUACCUCCAAACGAAUUGCUCGUAGGAUCUGAACAAUGCCAAGGUGGUCUGCUCGACGCGAAGACUGUCCUAGCCUGCCAUACGGGCUGGGACGCCUCGCGCGGUGGGCUCCUGUCGCUGUCCAAGGAUGCCACUGCUUGUAUCUUGACCGGGUUCGAAGCUCUCCAGGUCCAUGACCUCCACGUCGCUCCGAUUUGUAACCAGACCCAGAUGGAUGCUUGCGCGAAGGUCAUGUCUGGUCACUUGUCUGAAGUCGAUGCGGAAUAUUUAGAUAUGCCCGCCCUCCGAGAAGCACCUGUUGAGAUGGUGGCGCAUCAAUUGAAGGGUGACGCCAAAUACGACCAAGCCCUCCUCGGCAAGCCAUCUCGUAAUAUCGAGCUUCAAUCCUCCGCUCGCCGCCAGCAACCUCGCAGCGCCUCGGCACGCAGGCACGCCAAUGCCAACCAAGUCAAGCUUCCCGUUCGGAACAACAACUUGUCCUCGCCGACAACUGCCACCGCGCAGGAAAAGCAACCAGCUUCGACAACACCUCGAAUCCGCUCUACGAGCGACCUGUUCUCCGCAACAGCCACAUUCCUUCCUUCUGCUCCCGGCAACAAGCACUUUGCCGGCAUGGCUUGCGCAUUAGCCAUCGUCUCGCUCAUCUUCGUCAUCUGGAUGUAA